AUGGCAUAUAGCAAUAUCAACGAAAGAGCAUCUGCUUUGCGCUUUGCUGAUAUGGGCGUAUUGCCAAAACGAAUGUUGGCACCGAUCGAGGGCUAUGAGAAAGUACCACUUGUAACUCUCGAGGAAGCUGUGAAAUCUCUUGUCAAGAUUGUACCUAAAGUCGAACGAAAUGU